CGGGCUUCCAGCGCGAGCAGGCAGGCAGGACGGGAAGGCGGGGCCAGGCCGGCGUACAGCGACAUCUCCCCGCCCCUGAGUGGGCCCGGCGCCCGGGGCUGGCCUCCAAGAGUGGGUACCGGGAAGAGCCCGACUGGAGAAGAGCUGCGGGAAGCAGAACACCGCCCCCAGCGCCCAGCGCGCUCCAGAAACAUGAGCACAAACGCCUCAGCCUCCUCCCCUGGCGGCACCGGCACCGGCACUGGCACCACUACCAGCACUGGCACAACUACCGGCACUGGCACCACUGCCGGCACUGGCACAACUACCGGCACUGGCACCACUACCGGCACUGGCACCGGCACCAGGCGCGAGGCGGAGGGCCCGCCCGAAGCCGGGGGCACAACUUCCCAGGUCCCGAACCCGGCCUCCAACUUGGACGACACCUCGUACAACUCGUCCGAAUGGAGCGUCCUUUGUGAGUGGCGGUCCGUCUCGGAUCCGCUAGCCAUUUCCCAGUGGAGCACGUCCUCAACGGCCGAGGCCGCCUCCUGGACCUCCAGCAUACCCUCCCGAAUCAGCACCCCCGGUCUUAGCGAAAGUAUGGACUCCGACUCCAAGAGUGGCCUCCGGGGUUUCAGCGCUUACAACCCGAGCAGUCGGAUCCCCGAGUCUACCACCCGCUCGAACUCCUCAGAUGUGGCCUCCACAGCCUCCAGCCAGGACACCGGCAUUCCCCGGGUAUUAGUAACAGGGCCUACCCCGCCCGUAAACUCCCCCCACGAGUCAUUGCAAGGGUCUCUCUUCUCCUCAGGGUUCAGCCCCCCACGGGGUUCGUUAAAAGUACCCAACCUGCCCCCUGAUUCCAUCCUGACCUCAGUGCCCGGCUACACUUGGAUAUUUGUACGGGGACCUCCUAUACCCAAUGACCUUUCGCAAGUGUCAAUACAAGCACCUCCUACACCCAGUAACACCCCCCGAGUGUCAGUACAAGGGUCUGCCACAUCCUCAGUGCCCAACUUCCCCUGGGGUUUGGUACCAGGACCACCUCUACCGGAUAACAUCUCCCCAGUGUCGCCACAAACACCUCCUGCACCCCAUAAUACCCCCCAAGUGUCAAGGCAGGCGUCUACCCUCAACUCAGCGCCUCACACUCCGCGGGGUUCAAUACAAGAACCUCCUGCACCCAGUAAUCCUUUCCAACUGCCGACACAAGGACAUUCUAAACCUAAUAACUCUCGCAGAGUGUCUGUACAAGAGUCCGCCCCGCUCUCAGUGCCCAGCUCCCCCCGGGUAUCAGCUGAAAGAUCAGCUCCGCCCCUGGGCGCUCGCGGAGUAUCAGCAAAAGGGUUCGCCCCGCCCACAGUGCCCGGCUCCCCCCGGGUAUCAAAAGAAGGAUCGGCUCCGCCCCCGGGCUCCCCGGGGGAGUUGGUAGAAGGGUCCUUCCCACCCUUUGCCGUCCGCACUCCUGUGCCUCCGACCCAGGAGAGUGUCAGCCAAAGCAUGGAGAAUCAAGAGAAGGCGAGUAUCGCGGGCCACAUGUUCGACGUGGUCGUGAUCGGAGGUGGCAUUUCAGGACUAUCUGCUGCCAAACUCUUGACUGAAUAUGGCGUUAGUGUUUUGGUUUUAGAAGCUCGGGACAGGGUUGGAGGAAGAACAUAUACCGUGAGGAAUGAGCAUGUUAAUUACGUAGAUGUUGGUGGAGCUUACGUGGGACCAACCCAAAACAGAAUCUUACGCUUGUCUAAGGAGCUGGGCAUAGAGACUUACAAAGUGAAUGUCUGUGAGCGUCUUGUUCAAUAUGUCAAGGGGAAAACGUAUCCAUUUCGGGGCGCCUUUCCACCAGUAUGGAAUCCCAUUGCGUAUUUGGAUUACAAUAAUCUGUGGCGGACAAUAGAUAACAUGGGGAAGGAGAUUCCAGCUGAUGCACCCUGGGAGGCUCCAAAUGCUGCUGAAUGGGACAAAAUGACCAUGAAAGAGCUCAUUGACAAAAUCUGCUGGACAAAGACUGCUAGGCGGUUUGCUACUCUUUUUGUGAAUAUCAAUGUGACCUCUGAGCCUCACGAAGUAUCUGCCCUCUGGUUCUUGUGGUAUGUGAAGCAGUGUGGGGGCACCACUCGGAUAUUCUCUGUCACCAAUGGUGGCCAGGAACGGAAGUUUGUAGGUGGAUCUGGUCAAGUGAGCGAACGGAUAAUGGACCUCCUCGGAGACAAAGUGAAGCUGAACCAACCUGUCACUCAUGUUGACCAGUCAAGUGACAACAUCAUCAUAGAGACAUUGAACCAUGAGCAUUAUGAGUGCAAAUACGUAAUUAAUGCGAUCCCUCCGACCUUGACGGCCAAGAUUCACUUCAGACCAGAGCUUCCAGCAGAGAGAAACCAGUUAAUUCAGCGUCUUCCAAUGGGAGCUGUUAUUAAGUGCAUGAUGUAUUACAAGGAGGCCUUCUGGAAGAAGAAAGAUUACUGUGGCUGCAUGAUCAUUGAAGAUGAAGAUGCUCCUAUUUCAAUAACCUUGGAUGACACCAAGCCGGAUGGAUCACUGCCUGCCAUCAUGGGCUUCAUUCUUGCCCGGAAAGCUGAUCGACUUGCUAAGCUACAUAAGGAAAUAAGGAAGAAGAAAAUCUGUGAGCUCUAUGCCAAAGUGUUGGGAUCCCAGGAAGCUUUACAUCCAGUACACUAUGAAGAGAAGAACUGGUGUGAGGAGCAGUACUCUGGGGGCUGCUACACGGCGUACUUCCCUCCUGGGAUCAUGACUCAAUAUGGAAGGGUAAUUCGUCAACCCGUGGGCAGGAUUUUCUUUGCGGGCACAGAGACUGCCACAAAGUGGAGCGGCUACAUGGAAGGCGCAGUUGAGGCUGGAGAACGAGCAGCUAGGGAGGUCUUAAAUGGUCUCGGGAAGGUGACUGAGAAAGACAUCUGGGUACAAGAAUCUGAAUCAAAGGACGUUCCAGCGGUAGAAAUCACCCACACCUUCUGGGAGAGAAACCUGCCUUCUGUAUCUGGCCUGCUGAAGAUCAUUGGAUUUUCCACAUCAGUAACUGCCCUGGGAUUCGUGGUGUACAAAUACAAGCUCCUGCCACGGCAAUGGUGAAGUGUCAUUACAGAGCCUAGAGACUCCCAGCCUCCUGGAAGAAGCAGCCUCCACUUUGGAUCAGGAAAUAGUAAAGGAAAGCAGUGUUGAGGGUAGCGGCAUGCAGACCCUCAGACCAGAAUGGGGACAUCUUGUGAGCUGCUGCCUCAGGAAUCUCCUGACCACUUCUAAUUCCUCCGACUUUUCUAGACAUCUAGUCUCAGUGCUAGCUUAUUUGUAUUUUUCCUCUUUCACUUCUUAUGGAGGAGAGUGUUUAACUGAGUUAGAAUGUUGAGACUGACUUGCUGGGACUUGCGUGCAGCUUUCCAGUUGAGCAGAGGAAAAUAGUGGCAGGACUAUGCCCUGGGAGGACUCCCCGCUUAGCUCUGUGCGAGACCAAUUGCGAUUGGCAUCUUCUCUUCCCCCUGAAGGCAGCUAGACACCGAUGGAUCCUUGUCAGUUGUAACAUUCUAUUUCAACUUCGGGAAAGCAGCAGUUUUCUUUUUUUUUUUUUUUUUUUUCCUAUGACCACAGAAUUAGACAUACCUCUCAACUUACAUAUGUCUUCAACAUGGUUACCUCUGCAGAAAUAUUAGCAUAGCAUGCCAAUUUCUCUUGAGUACUGAAAUACACAUGAGAAAUUUGACUGUUAUUUGUUGAGACUAUCAAACAGAAAAGAAAUUAGGGCUCUAAUUUCCUUAAAACAAGCUCGCUUUAAGGAAGCAAAAUUGAAUCAUUUUAUAAAUGAAGACUAAGUUCUCUAUCUUAGGAGUAAUGUCGGCCCAGAAGGGUGCCCACUUCUUGUUUUCCCAUUUUAAAAACUCAAGAUUUUUAAAAGCCCUUUCCAAAGGUUUCAGCCGUAAAAUGCUUCUUUUUAAAAUGUAUCAACAUAUUUUUAUUUGAGGGGAAUUAACAAUUGCCAGGGGAAGCCAGCCAACCCAAGUUUAUUAUAUCAUUAACCUUAUAAAUUCAAACCUAAGUUGCUGGACCCCGGUGUGAGGGCAUACAUCUUCCAAAGUUUUGCCUAUCCUAAGAGCUAGAUUUUUCUGCUGCUCGUUGUCUUGCGGUUUAGCUAAUUUAGGAGUUUUGAGAAUGUAUUGGAUAUGCUCCAGUACAUAAGGAGUUGCCGCAUAUUAUAUCAGACUGCUUUGAGAAAUCUCGUCCCUAAUCUGUUGCAGUUGUUUCUAUUAACUUACUGAUUAACUCAGUCCUAACACACCUUUUGGGAAAUGCUGACUUAAACUCCUUAACUGGCAACAGUUGGAACAGUAAUCAGUUUGUUAACAUAUUUAAAGUCUUGAAUGUUGAAGAACUCAUAAGUAUGUGAUUUACCCUUUCCAAUUUUUUGGAAAACCAUUUAAUUUAUUCUAAUUAGAUUAACCCUGUUAAUCUACGGAUUGGAUAUCAAAAUGAAUGCCAGUCCAGAUGUGCCUAGACACGAAAUGAGAGCUGAGGACUCUCACCAUAUGCGAGUUCAUCCAGUAUGAAGAUACCAUAAGCCUUUUCUCUGAACCAGAGAAAUGAAAGUCAGUUUAAGAGGCUGAUACAUCUUGGCCCUGUUAAGGCAUCCACUUCACAGCUCUGAAGGCUGAGUCAGCCCCACUCCAUAGGUAGGCCAAGAAUUAGAUUUUAAACCUUCAUCUGUCCCAGUUAACUGUUAACUAAGGCCUUAUCUUCCACUGAAGAGUAUAGAUUGAAGGAUUGUGAACUAUGUUUAGUCUGAUUGUGAAAUUGGUGCCUAAUGUUCCAUGUCUGAAGUUUGCCCCAGUGCUACGUGUUGGAGUAGACCUAUGUGUGUGCUUUGCCAUUGAAGUAAGAUUUUGCCUGUACGGUACUGUUUCGUUUGUUAAUAAAGUGCACUGCCGCCCC